GGAAACUUUUAGAAGCACUAAACUGUUCAUUCAUUCCAUUAAUACAGGCUGUGAGCCAGGCACUGUUCUAUGUCUAGAAAUACAAGAAUUAACAGGAGGAGACUGAAGAAAGAAAGAUCCUGUCAACUUUGUUGCUCACCCACAAUGGAAGAAAUGAAGAAGACUGAUGUCCAGCAGGACAGAAGUAGGCAGAGGCCUAUAAAGACGGAGUGGAAUUCCCGGUGUGUUCUUUUCACGUAUUUCCAAGGAGACAUUGGCAGUGUAGUGGAUGAGCACUUCUCCAGAGCUCUGGGAAAUAUCAAGAGUCCCCAGAGAUUGAGUCCAUCAAGCCCGAAUGAAGAUGUGAUCCUAAGGAAUGAUGGUGACAUGCCUCCAAAUCAGUGGCGUUUCUCUUCUUCAUGGACAAAGCCACAGCCAGAAGUGUCUCUUGCACAUGGCGUCGCCAACUGUAGCUUGGAUGAGUCUGGUCCUGUGCCUGUGGAUCAGUAUCCAUUGUCCCUGACUGGGGCCCCUUCUGCUCAGCCCAGGGAGCUGUGGCAUUUCUCCUCCCUCGCCAGCUCCAGGCCCCCAGAGCCUGGCUACCCUCGUGCCUUCCCCACUGAGCACUUGGUUCAGGAGCCUCAGCCUGAUGAGAAAUAUAAGAAAAUAUUUGUCUCCCCCAAUCAUGGACCUGCCAGUACCAGCCUUGCAAAUGAAAGAAGCCAGUCUCCAGAGAGAAGAAAGGAUCUGUUCUUUUAUUGAACUUCGGUUUAAAGAAGAGAACUCUUUUUGACAAACCUGAUCAUAAUUUCUACUGUGAAUCCUGAGAAUCUAGAUAUCAUACUGUCCUUGUCCUUUUCUGUUUCUGCCACUAAAGAGCAGUGAAUCAGGAGCAAGUUUACAUGCUCCCUAAAAUUGUGUACUUGUCUUCCUUGGUACCUGUGCCCUACAGCAGAGGUUUUCCAACUCACUAAGUGAAUUCCCAGUAUAAAGUAGCUAACGGAACUGUUCCUGAGUUGCGAGCAUAGAGGCCCUUUUGUUUGUGUGUCCCACUCCCCACUGCACCCAUUGCCCUUUGACUUAGAAACCAUAGCCCCUUCACUUUCCUUUUGGUAGGGUCCUUCAAACCAAGACUGACCACGUGGCAUCCUAAGGGAUUGUCUUACUUUUCCAACUGAUUAUCAGAAACAGCCUGAAGCUUUCUCACUUUAACCAGAUUGUGGCCAACAUUACUUCUUCCCCUAGCAAAAGCAUAAUGAAAAAGGGCAAGACCAUGCAUCUUCAAACUUUGGAAAGAAGCUAAAAAUCAGUUUGGCCCUGAUGCAUGACAUAGUUUCACUUGAAAAAUUUGAUUCCUCAAUUCUAAACAAAGGAUUCCAAAUGGAAUUGUUGAGCAAGCUGCUCCAUUCCAGGUUGGGCCUGUGGCUGGAGCAGGGCUUUUUCUGUUUUUGUAACAUUUCAUGGAUGCCUGAGUUUCUGUCUUCUCUUGCUUCGAGGAUGAGGAUUUGGGCAUACGAUACCCAAUAGGCAUUUGCACCUUAGGAGCCUUACAGCCUCCCAGAUUGGCCCACUUGAUUUCUAUAAACAUUACAAUGUCCCUUUAGCUCUUUCAGAGUUAGUGACGGCUGAGAAGUGUUCACUUUGUUUUCAUCACAGAACUGUUAGGGCCACACACAUUGAUACCCAGUGUCUUUCAUCAAGCUGAAGGAGAAAGGCAAGUCUUGGCACCAGAGAUGGCAGCAGGACCUUUCGUCAUGUUUUCCACAUAAAAUGACGAUUUCUCAAACUCACCCGUCUUUCCAAUCUGGUAGACAGCCUUGUGUCUAUUCUAAGCUCAGUACUUGCUCCUGGACAAUCAUGGAAACCCCUGCUAUCAGUGUUCCCCGUCCACAACUCACUUAUUCCUGUGUAACAGCUCAGCAGGUAAACAAUAAUAAAUCUGCCACAUGGCACUAUUCUGAAUUCUAAUUUCUUUCACAUUCAUCAUCUCAUUCAAAGUUUUCAAACACCUAGGGGUUAGCAUUAUUUCCUUCAUUUAAAAUAUGUGAAUACUGAGUGUUAGAAAAGGUAAAUGACAGGGCUGGUGCUAUGGCAUAGUAGGCUAAGCCUCCACCUGGAGCACCAGCAUCCCAUAUGGGCACUGGUUGGUGUCCCGGCUGCUCCAUUUCCAAAACAGCUCUCUUCUAUGGCCUGGGAAAGCAGAAGAUGGCCCAUGUCAUUGGGCCCCUGCACCCAUGUGGGAGACCUGGAAGAAGCUCCUGGCUCCUGGCUUUGGAUCUGCUCAGCUCCAGCCAUUGUGGCCAUUUGGGGAGUGGAACAGUGGAUGGAAGGUGUUUCUCUCUGUCUUUCCAGCUCUUUGUCUGUAACUCUAUCUCUCAAAUAAAUGAAUAAAAUCUUUAAAAAACAAAAGGUAAAUGACCUGCCCAAGGUCACACAGCCAGUAGCAGAGCCAACACUGAAACGCAUGCCUCUGAACUCAGUGCUCUUUACCUUCCACAACAAUAAUAUCAAGGGUUAAUGUCAGCAUGCCUCUUAGAUAUUUUCCUCUCCCAACUGCUAUGUAAAUAAAGACCACAACACUUGCAUUAGUGAAUUGAUGAUCUUGGCAGUAAUACUGCAAUUCUCCUGUCUCAAGAGCAGUUUUUCCAGUGUGUUACAUGUGUUUCCUAAAUUUAGUAAGAGGAAAAAAAUGAAUUAGUAUAUUACCCCUCAAUGUUGUUUACCUUCAAAAGCCAUGUGCUUUUUAGAUGAUGGUUUGAGAAUUUCAAAGUGGAGGCUGAUUCUUGCACUUGUGUUACAUAAUUCUACAAGUGUAUGUUUAUCUAUUUGUCCUACAAAUAUUCAUCUGUAUCAUCAGAAGUGAACUCUUAAUCUUCUGUGUAUGGAAAAAAGGAAGUGAUUCUGAUAGAGAUGACAUCAUAGGUAGCCUAGGGUGAUCCGAUAACAUUUCCAUACAAAUCCCUGGAAAUCUUGAAUAAAGCUGAAGGUGGUAAUCAGUUUUCUUACUUCAAGAGGAAAGAAAAGAUCUCUUGCUGCUGAGACAACUCUGCCUCUCUAAUAUUCACAGAAAAGCCCUGGUCCAGAUCAAUUGCUGGUUAAUAUCAUGCUUAGAUAUUUGACUUUCAAUAUCCACUCUGUUUUUCAUUUCCCACUUUAUUUUCAAAGGUCUAACUGGAAAAUCAUUACUUUGACUCACUUUCUCGUUGUACUCUGACGAUUAAAAACACAUCUACCCCACUCCCUGGCAUAUGAGAUAUUCACCCCCUUUAUACACAAAGGUGAGGUGAUUGGCCCCUGGUCUUUCUUUGUGUGGCUUUAUCUAAUUCUAGUUGAUAAUCUUAUGAGAUGUUAAUUGGUGAAGGGUGGAGGCGGUGAUGGAGUUUUCUUUAAAGUUGUACUUAUUUAUUUUGAAAAUCAGAGUUACACAGAGAGUGAAAUCUUCUAUUUACUGGUUCAUUCCUCAGAGGGCCUGAUGGCCAGCGCUGGGCCAGGCCAAAGCCAGGAGUUUCAUUUGAGUCUCCCACGGAGGUGGUAGGGGCCCAAGCUCUUAGACCAGACCUUUAGGAGGGAACUGUAUUGGAAGUCGAGUAUCCAAAACUUGAACAGGCACUCAUAUGGAAUGCUGGCAUUGCAGGCAGUUGGCUUUACAACCACAAUUUUGGUCCUGGUGGUGAAAUUUUUUUUCACUAGAUCUGUCAAGAUCUUGAAACUAGAGAGUCGAGCCCAGCAAGCCUACAACCCAUAAAAUAUAUUCUUAUUUUUUUCUACAGUUUUGAUCAUUUGUCAUGUGGUCUGGCUCACCGGAUGCCUCUGCUCUUCAACCCACCCCUUGAGAUCCAUAUCCACACUAAACCUUUACAAUCUAGAUGAAUUGAAAUUGCUUCAAAUAGGCUGAAAACUCUCACAUAUUUGAAUGAAGCCUGUCUCUUGAAAAAAAAAAAAAAACAAAACAAGAAAUGUAGCAGUUCUCUUUUUCUGGAAGCAACAGCUAUCUUUAAAACAUUCCAAAUAAGAAUGUCAUUCACAGGUACAAUUGAGACUUGUGUUUAAACACUUUUCCAUUCUAAAAGCAAAUGGAAAUAAAUUUUAAAAUCUGCAAAUAAAAUCACAGCUCCACAAAUAAGUGCCAAAUAGAAUAUAUCAGCUAUUUUUCUCCUAUGUAAACAAUAAGUUUACAAUAGUUCCCUAACUAUUUCCCUAGUUCAACAUAAUUAAUUGAAUAUAAUAUUGUAAACCAUUUAUAGUUUCAAAAUGUCAGGUAACAAUGCAAUGACAAACUUCAGUUUUUUAUUGUAAAGUUUUAAAAUAACAUGCUACUAUGUAUUCUGGAGAUUAAUGUGAUUAAACAAGUGAACUGGGCCAUAGAAUUUUCAUUAAGAUUACAGUUUUGUCACUAAAUACAACUUUAUAAAUUAAGUCUCAAAGAUCUUCAGUUAUUUUAUUUCCAAUUUUAAGUUUCUUAAUGCUUAGGAGCAAGGUAAUGAGAGUAUUUAUUUACAACAGUUACAGUUACUAUUUAAUUGAAAACUGUGACCCUCUAGUAAUCUUUCAAAACAGGCAGCCCUUGAAUGGAUUGUAAAACAAGACUCAACUAUUCGGGCCAGCUCUGUGACAUAGCAGGUUAAGCCACUUUAUGCGAUGUUGGUAUCCCAUUUGUACACCAGUUCGAGUCUUGGUAGCUCCACUUUUGAUCCAGCUCUCUGCUGAUGUGCCUGGGAAAGCAGUGAAAACUGCCCAAAUCCUUGGGGCCCUGCACUCAUGUGAGAGACUCAGAUGAAGCUCCUGGCUCCUGGCUUCUUCCUGGCCCAACACUGGCAGUUGCAGCCAUUUGGAGAGUAAACCAGUGGGUGAAAUCUCUAUCUCUCUCUCCCUCUUUCAAAAAAUACUUUUUUUUUUUUUCAAAAAAGGACCCGACAAUUUGCUGCCUGCAGGAAACACACUUUAGCAUCAAAGAUAUACGCAGAUUGGGGGCCGGCACUGUGGCGUAGCAGGUAAAGCCACCGUCUGCAGUACUGGCAUCCCAUAUUGGUGCUGGUUCCAGUCCUGGGUGCUCCAUUUCCUAUCAGACUCUCUGCUAUGGCCUUGGAAAGCAGUAGAACAUGACCCAAGCCCUUGGGCCACUACACCCAUGUGGGAGAACUGGAAGCUCCUGGCUCCUGGCUUCGGAUUGGCAGAGCUCUUGUCGUUGAGGCCAAUGGGGGAGAGGACCA